GAGAUAAUUGUUCUAGCCACCCACAGACCCUCGCCUCGCCACGACCGCCCCACUCACGUGCCUACUCGUGAUACAAAAGGGACUUCUGGUUUCCACCACGUCCACCAUCUCGGUGUCAAAUACAGGAAUUGCGAAGCUACUGAUAAUGAACUACGGGUCUUGAAUCAUUGUUGGAACAUCACAGCACAACAGCCUCAUACAAACCCUACACGAACCCCAUUCUCCAGAUUUCAGAGCCUGAACAUCUAUAUUAACUUAAAGUGGUGGGCCAUGCACCCCGCCAAUUCCAGCCCCCAGGUUUCGGGGACACUGUGAUACCGCGGUAUUGCUGGCAAUGUGUGCUAUAAGUCGGCUUCUAUUUGCCCGAAAUGCGUUGAUUUGGUCCCGAUAAUGAAUGCCGUUAGAUAGUGCGUUUCAUUUGUUAUGUUCAAAAGCUGUGGCACUAGCAGCGGUGUGAGAAUCUAACCAGACUUGAAGCUCUCAAAAUGAGAGGUCCUGGCUACUUAAUGCAAAGAAAAUCCUCUACGUCUCUGGUAGUAGUCCUUACAGAUUGAUUUCGAGGUUUCUAGGAGAUUCAAACGCGGCUACAUCAACAGGAGAUUUUCUGGUAGCAUUAUUGGAGAGAGCACCAAGAAGAAGUAUCUGCUCUACAAGAAAUUCUCUUGACAACCGACGAUGGGUAAAGCGGUCACUAUCGGCACGGGUCUUUUCCUGUCAAUUGGAGGUUUCCUCUUUGGUUACGAUAGCGGUAUUGUUACCUCGACAAUUGGGCAGCCAGAAUUCAUUUCAUACUUCGGAAAACUAGAUGCAUCGACCGAGGGUGGAGUGGUUUCUUCUUUCACUGGUGGUGCAAUUUUAGGAGCACUCACAAUCUCAUGGCUGGCAGAUGGUUUAGGAAGGAAGAAAACCAUUGCGCUCGGAGGUGCCAUAUCUGCUUUUGGAUGUGCACUUCAAGCGGGCGCUGCCAAUGUUGGAAUGCUGAUCGCAGGUCGUGCGAUUGCUGGUAUAGCUGUGGGUAUUCUUUCAGCUCUAGUUCCAAUGUAUUGUUCGGAAAUUGCUGAAGCUUCAUAUCGUGGUGCUUUGAGUGGUCUUUUACAAUUCAUGCUUUCAUGGGGAUAUUUCGCAGCUCAAUGGAUCGGAUACGGAUGCAACUAUACCACUUCUAGUUUUCAAUGGCGCUUCCCUUUGGCCUUUCAGGUUGUCCCUGGCCUAUUCUUAGCUAUCGGAACUUGGUUCUUGCAAGAAUCUCCUCGAUGGUUAAUGGAGAAGGAUCGACAAGAAGAGGCGAGAGAGGCUCUUUAUAAAUUGCACGGCGAUGGUUCAAACGACGAAUACUUGGAGUUGGAGUUUGCUGAAAUUCGAGACACCAUCAUAGCGGAAAAGACAGUAGCAGUCAAAUCAUGGUCCGGACUUAUUGCGAAAAAGUCAUGGAGACAUCGACUCAUCUUGGGAUGCGGAAUCCAAGCAUGGGGCCAACUGUCAGGCAUCAACGUUAUCAACUAUUACGGAGUCACCAUCUACAGCCUUUUGGGUAUCGACACGCGCACUUCCCUCAUGAUCAUCGGCAUCUCCGGCUCUCUUUCUAUUGUUUACUGUGCACUCGGUUUAUACUUCUUGGAAAGACUUGGAAGAGUCAAGCCAAUGGUUUUCUCGGCCACUGGUUGCGCAUUGGCUCUGUUGGUCAACGCAGUUCUCAGUCAGUAUUACGUUGUCGGCGGACAAGAAUCAACAAAUGCCAAUGCAUUACGGGCAAUGGUAGCCAUGAACCUUGUAUUCUCAUUCUUCUAUACAUUUACUGGAAUCAUUAGUUGGGUCUACCCUGCCGAAAUCUUUCCCGUGGAAAUUCGAGCUCGUGGAAAUUCAAUCUCAACCCUGACAAAUUGGUGUCUUGGUCUUCUUCUGGGUCAGACUGGACCGUUAGCACUCGCCAAUAUUGGUUUCAAAUUUUUCUACGUCUUUUUUGUCUUUAAUAUUCUUGCAGCAGCAUGUUAUUGGAUCUUCUACCCAGAAACCAAGGGCAAGACACUUGAGCAGAUGGAUGAAUUGUUUGGUGAUCAACUAGUUCCUCAUGCAUUGGUGGACCCUACUGGCGCAGAAGCCGCGAGGACUGCAAUGAACGAGAAGGGUGUUUUUACACAUGAUGAAGAUGUUUCGUGAUUUAUUCAGCGUUCAAUAAGCUGAAACUUGUUAGAGAUAAAAAUAUGUAGUCAUUACAAGUUCUUACCCAAUAUAAUCAAAAUGAUAAUUUAUGUUUACACGAUAUCUCAAUUGGUAAACUUGUAGACCGCAUCAUUUCCAAAUUCUAGACGAUUUUUGCCGUUUGUCUCA